AUGACAUCGCCGACCUUGACUACCGCCUCGUAUAUCAAACGCACACACGGGCGCGAGCGGAAUGCGCCCGUCACAGAGUAUUUAAAGCUAGCAAAUAGUGAACUGGAUUUAUAUGUGUGCACCGUUCGCCGCGGCGCCCGUGGCCGCGUAAAAAUACGCGGGGCGUUGGUCGCGCGGGGUGUAUUUCAGGCCCAUCUCGGGCCGCACCGAUAUGGAGCAGUUCAACACACGAUAAGGUGGGUGCCGGCGCUAUGCAGCGGUGCACGGCGAUCAAGGCCGGACGCGCCGCGCCACGGUUGCGCGAAAGGAGAUCGGCCAAACGCAGAUGGGCUGCGAGAUCAGAGGAUUGGGGCACCAUUGGAUAUGGGGAUAAGGGCAAAAGCGAAAGAAACGAACGUGUGCUAUUUGCGAUGCGGCGGUGCGUACACGGCGAUGGAUCAGAGCGCGGCGUUGAAAUCGAGAUUUAUAUCGAGCCACCAUCUCGGCUCGCGGCGGACUAAGGUGGAGAUAAUGGAGGCUACGGCGCGGGCGCAGCGGAGCGGCACGCCUAGCCGACCGCACAUCCGCCGCGACGCCUCUUCC